UUUUCACUUUGGACAGUGAAGAAGACUGUCACUCUCUGCAGUCAGUCUCAGUUGUGAAGAAGUGUUUGAAACCCCCCAAAAAACACACACAGUUACACACAAAUACACACACUUUAAUUAUUAUAUCUAUACACACACUCUUCCUGAACCUAUAGAUAUAGAGAGAGAGAUAGAGAGAGAAAAGGAAAAAAGUGAAUGAUGAAAAAGUAGAGAAUAAAGAGGAGAAAAGGUAAAAAUUGGCAUCACUGUGAUGGAAUGCCACAUCCUCAAAAAUUGGAGAGGAUAUUAGGAUAUUGAUACUCAUCAGCCUUACUCAUGGCAUCUGCUGGCUUAGGACAUGGAGGAGCUGGGAGCUCAAGAUCUGCUAAUGGCUUCAAGGUCUCAUCUAGUUCAGUUGAUUGGCUGGGAAGGGAGAUGCUUGAGAUGAGAUUGAGGGACAGAGUGGACGCCGAUGAUGAUAGGGAUAGCGAACCCGAUAUAAUUGAUGGUGUGGGUGCUGAAACAGGGCAUGUCAUAAGGACCACCAUCGGUGGUCGAAAUGGUCAGUCCAAGCAGGUGGUCAGUUACAUAGCAGAACAUGUUGUUGGAACUGGUUCAUUUGGAGUAGUUUUUCAAGCAAAGUGCAGAGAGACUGGAGAAAUAGUUGCUAUCAAGAAGGUUCUUCAGGACAAACGCUACAAGAAUAGGGAGUUACAGAUUAUGCAAAUGUUGGAUCAUCCCAAUAUUGUGGCUCUAAAGCAUUCAUUCUUUGCAAAAACUGAAAAGGAAGAGCUAUACCUAAAUCUUGUUCUGGAAUAUGUUCCUGAAACUGUUAACCGUAUUGCCCGGCAAUACAGCAGGAUGAACCAGCGAAUGCCAUUGAUAUAUGUCAAACUUUACACCUAUCAGAUAUGCCGAGCCCUUGCUUAUAUACAUAAUUGUAUUGGUAUUUGUCACCGUGAUAUCAAGCCGCAAAAUUUACUUGUGAAUCCGCACACACAUCAGCUCAAACUUUGUGAUUUUGGGAGUGCCAAAGUUUUGGUGAAAGGGGAGCCCAAUGUGUCCUACAUCUGUUCGCGGUAUUAUCGUGCUCCUGAACUCAUAUUUGGUGCCACGGAAUAUACAACUGCAAUAGAUAUAUGGUCAACUGGUUGCGUAAUGGCUGAAUUACUUCUUGGACAGCCCUUGUUUCCAGGAGAAAGCGGAGUUGAUCAACUAGUUGAAAUUAUUAAGGUUUUGGGAACACCUACCAGAGAGGAGAUCAAGUGCAUGAAUCCAAACUAUACAGAGUUCAAGUUCCCACAGAUCAAGCCCCAUCCUUGGCACAAGGUCUUCCAGAAGCGUCUACCUCCAGAGGCAGUGGACUUGGUAUGUCGGUUUUUCCAGUACUCACCAAAUCUAAGAUGCACAGCUUUGGAGGCUUGCAUUCACCCUUUCUUUGAUGAAUUGAGGGAUCCCAACACCCGGCUUCCAAAUGGUCGCCCACUUCCUCCACUCUUUAAUUUUAAACCUCAAGAGCUUGCCGGUAUACCUCCAGAUACUAUCCACCGCCUCAUUCCAGAGCACGCUAGAAGGCAGAACUUGUUCAUGGCUUUCCACUCCUAGUCACUGUAAGGUACCCAAAAUGUCCUGCUCGAUCACUGCAUGGAGCUAUGCGUCGUGCAGCACUUAGAACCUUGUUACAGCUUACGGUUGUGCACCAUCAGCGCUUCUUGUCUGUAAAAAUGGCUUGAAGUUUCCGGGACUAUUUGUAAAGGAGAAGAGUUUUUAGCUUGACGAACGUAUAUCCCAUUACAGCGAUAUGGUCUUGGGAACUGCAUGCAUAUUUACAACGGCUCUUUAUACCGAUACUAUAGUGAAGAAUGAAAAUGCGUAUAGGUCAGUUUUCGUAUUACACGCCUAUGUAAAUGGUUUCUCUGCAUUGUCAAAAGCUCUAGCCUUUGGACUAUGCUAAGUUGUAGAUUGUAACUUUUCCCUUAAUUUCUAUUUUCUUGGAGAUUAUUAUUUCACUUUUGUCAAGUUUUUAUGUGAUUUCACUUCAGUUUCUA